CCAUCGCAAUCGCUGCACCACAGCCUGGCAACCUGGUUACACUCAUAUUGCAUCCUGUUGACCACUCGCUGCCGCACAGCAUCAUGCAACUCAACGUCGGCACCUCCGACAAAAAACAGUACCGUCUCAUCACGCUCGACAACGGCCUCGAGUGCCUCCUCAUCCACGAGCCGCCCACGGAGGAAGAGGACGAGAUCGAAGAGAGCGAGACCGGCAGCGACGACAGCAGCGACGACGGAGACGACGAGACCCAAAGGGCGGCGUGCGCGGUGGUCGUCGGCGUCGGCUCGUGGGCGGACCCGGAGGACACGCCGGGCGCGGCGCACUUUUUGGAGCAUUUGCUGUUCCUGGGCUCGAAGAAGUACCCCGCCGAGAACGCCUACGACGGCUUCUUGGCGAAAAGAGGCGGCUCGUCGAACGCGCACACGGACGUCGAGCACACGUCCUACUACUUCGACGUGCUGCCCGGCGCGUUCCGCGAAGCUUUGGACAUCUUCGCGCAGUUCUUCGUUUCACCAAGUUUCAACCCGGACAUGGUCGCGCGCGAGGUGAACGCCAUCGACAACGAGUUCAACGAAACCAGAAGAGACGACGCCGCGCGUUUGGAUGAGUUGCUCUACGUCGCGGGCGCGCCCGCGGGCCACCCCUUCGCCACCUUCACCUGGGGGCACGCGGAAAGUCUGCGCCACGGCGACGCGAGCGCCGUCGCCGCCGUCAAGGCGUUGUAUAGAGACCACUACCACGCGUCGAACAUGAAGCUCUGCCUCGUGGCGCCGGCGGCGCUCGACGAGACGGAGGCCUGGUGCCGCGAGAGCUUUAAGCACGUCUGCGCCGGUGUGGCCACUUGUAACCGUGUCUGAGCGAUGGCGUAGAGGUUCCGCCAUGUAGAACAUUCACAGGGGAAACGGCGCGUCGAUGGCGUGAGGGAACGCGAAACAAAGAAAGUCAAACCACACAGGUGCGCGCGAGCCCCUCAACAUGUCCCGCGGGCCGCUGGCGCCGGACGUCCUGGGACGCGCCGCCCGCGCCGCUCGCGCCGCCCUUCGCCGCCGGCGCUUCGGCGCUCGCGCGCGUCGCGCCGGCCCGCGACGCGGCGCGCGACCUGAGGUUGGUGUGGCCCCUCCCGAGUAUUCGUCGCAAGUGGCGGACGCGGCCGUGCGACCUCGCGGCGCACUGCCUCGGCCACGAGGGGCCCAGGUCCGCGCUCGCGCAGCUGCGCCGGAGCGGCCUCGCGGCGGGCCUCGUGGCGGGCGUGUCCGGCGACGGCGUGUCCGACUCGGUCGCGUGCGGGGCCCUCUUCGCCGUGUCCGUCGAUUUAACAGAAGCCGGCGUGGCGCGCUGGGCCGAGGUCGUCGGCUGCGUGUUGGCGCACGCGCGGGCUUGUUUAAGGGAGCUUUGCGACGACACGCUCGGGCGGCUCUCGGCGGAGCUGCGGAAGGUCGAGCGACUGAACUUCGAUUUCGAGGAAGAUGGGGAAGUAGACGAUCUCGUCGAGGGCCUCGCGGCGCUGAUGCUGGCCCACGACGGUGUAGAUAGAGAGCACCUCCUGGAAGUGGCCGGCGGGUGCCUGCUCGCGCCCUUCGACGACGACGCGAUUGAGGUAUUACGGGUCCUCGCCGAUCCCACAAAAUGUCGAGUGGAGCUCUCGACGGCCGCGUUCCGGGGCGAUGAAUGCCCACCGGAAGUUCCGUGCGCGCCGGGCUGCCCGCGGUGCGCGGGACGAGGGGGCUUCCACGCCGCGCUGGCGAAGCUCAUGCCGGCCAAACCGCCGCCGCCGCCCGCCUCAAAUGAUGUCCCGGCGACGUGGGCGCCGUUUGCACACCUCGCGACGCGGCGGCCCGCGGAGUCUCCACAAAUUGAGCCGCGCUUCGGGACCGAGCACUGGACGGCGCCGGUGCCCCCUUCAUUAAUAGAGGCGUGGUCCGCGUGCGACGACUGGCCCGCGCUCGGGCUGCCGGCGCCGAACGCUUUUGUGGUCGACGCGCCUCUGUUAAAGCCCGGGUCGACGAAGGCGCGGCCCGCUCCAUCAAACGAGGAAGAAGCCGACGCCGAACGAGCGGCGCGGGCCUGCAAAGACUUCGCGGACGCGUGGCGGCGCCGCGCCGGCGGCCCGGCAAAAAAAAAGCGCAAGGGCAAGCCCAGCAGCGCCGACGUCGCACUAUCAAAACUCGUCGAGGGCUUCCCGGCCGCGCCCGACGCCACGGACGCGGCGCCCGCGUUAAUUGGAGACGUCUGGGUCCUUCCGCGGCCCGAUCGCUUCGAGCUGCCCACGCUCUACGUGCGGGCGCGCCUCACGGGGUCAUCAAAACCAACGGUGACGGACGCCGCCACGCUGCAAUUAGUAAGUGCCCUCGUCGCGGACGCCGUCGCCGAGGACCUCUACCCGGCGACCGUCGCCGGCCUCGACUACACGAUAUCGGCGGUGCUGGACGCCGACGCGCUCGCGCUCUCGCUCAAGUGCGGCGGCUUCGACGAGAAGGUGCCGGCGCUCUUCGACGCGCUGCUGCGGGGCGUGCGGCGCGCCGCCGACGAGGUUGUUGAACCGCGCGCCUUCGCGGCGGCCAAGUCCGAGGUCGCGCUCAGCCUGGAGAACGCCUGGCACGACGCGGACCGCCACGCGCGCCGCCUGCGCCUGUGCUGCCUCGCGCCGGGGCGGCGGUUCGCGCCGGCGCAGCGCCGCGCGGCGCUGCAAAGCGUGGACGCCGUCGCGUGCCAGCGCUGGCUCCGCAAUUUUCUCGACGGCUGCUCGCGGAGUGCUCUGGUGGGCGGCAACGGUGCGGCGGACGCGGCGCGGUCCGUCGACGCGUCGCUGCGGACCGUGUCGACCGUCGCCACGGCGCGGACCUGCGGCCCCGUGGCCCGGCUCCCGCGGUGCCACGCGUACCACGUCGACGCCGCGGGCGAGGACGCCGAGGGCAGGGCCUGCGCGCUCGAGUGCUACUGGCAGCUCGGCCCGGACUCGCCGGCUUCGCGGUUGUUAGCGGAUCUGCUGGAGGCCGUGAUCGACGAGCCGCUCUACGACCAGCUGCGCACGAAGGAGCAGCUCGGCUACAGCGUGUCCUGCGGCUCGCGCUGGACCGACGGGAUCGUGGGCUUUGGCAUCUGCGUGACGUCGAAGGAGGCGCACCCGGACUACGUCGCGGGCCGCGUCGACGCGUUCCUGCGCGAGUUUCGCAGGGAGGUCAUGAAGCCGUCCUUCGCCGAAGACCUCGUCGAGCACGGCGCGGCGCUGGCGCUGCGGCGCGGCGAGAAGCACCGGAGCCCGAGGGAGGUUGCCGAUCACGCUUGGGAGGGUAUCUACGACGGGCGGCCGGACCUGUUCGAUUCUCAUAUCGUCGAGGCCCUUGCUUGUGGUUCGGUCGCGCCUGCGGCCGUCCGCGCCGCGUAUGACCGAAUGUUCGGUCUCGGCGCCUGCGCGCCCGCCGACGGCGCGGCCUGCUGCGCGGGCAAGCUCGUCGUGCGCGUCGUCGGCCGCGCGGCGACAUUUGCGGAGGGCCGCGGGCCGGACGGGCCGCCGCGCGCGCCGGGCUGCCGCGUCGCGUACGGUCCGGCGGCGGCGGGGCUCGGCGUUUGCAGUGAUGCCGCCGUCGUCGAGAUUGGCGAGGCGCUGUCGGAGUUUUGGGGGGCGAAUGAUGAGGCGUGUUGUUUGGGGCGGUUUGAUGAACUAGAGUAA